AUGGAGGAGGUGCUUUCCCCAACUGUAAAUGAAUUAAUUUACAUAGGAUGGGUCGAUGAAAGGACAUCUGCCCCAACAAAAUGUGGCAUUGGUUUGCCGAUAUAUGUUAGGAAGAUCGUGAUUCUCUCACAGAAGGUCAUCAAACUAAAAAACUUCAAUCAUCCCAAGUUUGUAAAACUCUUGGGAUAUUGCUGCAACAAGGAAGAACUGUUUUGUGUUUAUGAGUUCAUUCAUGGCAAAAGUUUGGAUAAAUAUCUUUACAGAGAGCAAGCUACAACUUCACUUUCUUGGGUUGCACGAUUGAACAUAGCAAUAGGAGUAGCUGAAAGCCUGUUAUAUUUACAUAAGAGGAACCAGGCAGCAUAUAGCCAAUUUAAAACCAGUCACAUAUUGGUGGAUACGGAUUUUAAUGCUCGGCUUUCGGAUUUUUCUUUUGUUUCUUACUCGUUCCAAAUUGAUCGAUAUUAUGCUGCCCCUGAAUGGUUUCGUUACCUAGCAGACAGAUUUGAUAGACUUUUCCGUGACGAAGACACAUUUGUUAGUCUUCAUGGACUAUCUCCUGCAGAUGAUUUUGCGAUGAAAAAUGAGAUCUAUGCUUUUGGAGUGGUGCUGCUGGAAAUACUAACCGGGAUGAUGGUGUAUGAUGAGGAAAGACCCCUCGGAAAGAAAAAUUUGGUGGAAUGGGCUAUGCCAUUGUUAGCAGAUGAGGUAAAUCUUAGAAUGAUUAUGGACCCACAACUUCAACAUAACGGUUGUCCUCCAAAAGGAGCAUUCAAGUUGGCUCAACUUGUUUUAAACUGUCUUCAUGGUAAAAAAGAUGAACGCCCCUCAAUGGAAGAAAUUUUGCUGGUGUUGAAUCAAUGUUAUCAAGAAGAAAUCAAAAGAGUUUGACUCUUAAAAGUCAAAUAAAUAGUUCUUUUAGACCUGUGAAUGUAAAGUAUAUGAUCCUGGUAGUCAGCUGAAUAAAUAGGCAGGAAAGAUAGUGAAUGGUAGAUCCAUUUGUAAAAUGUAUAAAUCGAGCUAAAUCUUUUUCGAGAUUGUCGGGUUGCUCAUUUAGUGCUCCUGUCCAAAGCCAACAAAGUAAUUGGCCACUAGAUCAUGCAUGUGGGACUACUUUGAGUCAAAGCAUGUUGUAUUUCCAAAGGUUGGAUUAUAAGAACCUUUUAGUAACGAUAAGAUUACAUGAACAAAGAUUAUCUAUCUACUCUUAGUUUUAUGAAUAUUGUUGUAUUGGAUUUACUCUUAGCAUGUAUAAUGUCGUCAU